AUGGACUAUUCAAACAAGAACUUUCCGGCGUUGAAAAACUCGAGGCUGCUUGAUGCUGCAAAUGGAAAAGAUGUGGAUAAAGUGCCAGUAUGGGUAAUGCGACAAGCCGGAAGAUAUUUGCCAGAAUUUCAAGCAGUCCGUGCAAAGCAUGACUUCUUCACCGUCUGUCGGACUCCUGAACUAGCAUGCGAAGUGACCUUACAACCUUUGCGACGAUAUGAUCAUCUUGAUGCAUCGAUUAUAUUCAGUGACAUCCUCGUAAUUCCACAGGCUUUAGGAAUGACUGUUGAAAUGCAUCCUGGACAGGGUCCCGUUUUUCCUAAGCCACUUGCCAGUCCAUCUGAAAUAAAUGAGCUACAAGAAGAAGGUGCUGUUUCUAGACUGUUAUAUGUUGGGCAAGCGAUUACAUUAACAAGGCAUAAAAUUGAGGGAAAAGUACCCUUAAUAGGUUUUACUGGUGCACCUUUUACACUCAUGGGAUAUAUGAUUGAAGGUGGUGGAAGUAAAACUAUGUCUAAAACAAAGGAAUGGUUAGACAAACACUCUAAAGAUGUUCAUAGACUUCUUAGUUUACUUACAAGAGUAAUUAUAGAUUACCUUGUCAUGCAGGUAGAUAGUGGUGCACAAUUAUUACAAGUUUUUGAAUCAAGUGCUGAUCAUCUAAGUAGGGAGCAGUUUGCAGAAGUUUCUGCACCAUAUCUAAAGGAUAUUAGGACUGGUGUACAAAAGAAACUACAAGAAAAAUCUUUAGAACAAGUUCCUAUGACAGUUUUCGCCAAGGGUGGAGGACAUUCUCUGGAUAUUCAAGCUACUAUGGGAUAUGAAACAAUCGGCUUAGACUGGACUGUAGAUCCCGUUGAAGCAAGGAAGGUUGUAGGGGACAACAUAACUUUACAGGGAAACCUUGAUCCUCAAGACCUGUAUAAAUCUCCUGAAGAGAUAAAAAAUCUAACCAAGGAAAUGGUUCAAAAGUUUGGCAAGACAAGGUAUAUUGCUAAUUUGGGCCAUGGGAUUACACCACAAACACCAUUAGAAAGCAUGACUGCUUUUACAGAAGCUGUCCAUGAAGCAUUAUAA